UGCCUGUAUUUCAAAUAGAGACUUGUUUGUAGUGAAUGCAGUUAGUUGUUUGUUGUGCAUAUGCUCAUUUUAACAACUUUUUUUGUUGAUUGUACAGUUGUACUUUUUGAUUUUAAUGCACUGUCGCUGAAUAGGGGUUGUUGGGCUUUCUUUUAUUUAUUGUUUUGGUUAACUCUGCGCCCUGUGGUUGAUGUUGUCUGGUAAUACACAGAGAGGAAGAAAAGAGGGGGAGUGUGUAAGUGCAAGUGAGUGAGCGAGAGAGAGAGAGAGAGAACUCUGAGACGCAGCAGCUGGUUUUCAGGUUUUACGCUUUGACAGAAGGGACUGAACAGACUGUCCAUCACAACCUGUCAGAGGUCAGCUAGUACCUCUGGUUGGAAGAGAGAGACUUUAAGUUGCCCAAUGGGACAGGCAGGGGUUUAAGCAGCACGGGGGACGCCAACAGGACACCGGUGGAGGGGAUUUGACACCAUGAAUCGCAAGGAGUCAAAAAGCAGCAGGAAGUCCCGUCAGGAGUGUGGGAUAAAGAGCAGAAGACCAGUGCAGAGGAGAAUGACCUGCCCCAGUGCUCAGGAGAUCAGCAGGGCUCUUCAGAGUCCACCGGCUCACGCUUCAUUCCGCUCUGCCAGCCUGGACGAACUCAUCAUCCGCUGCCUCAACUGCUUCGACUCCGAUGGGAAGCUAAACAGAGGGACGCAGCUUGUCAACAUGACCCUCAUGAUGCACAACUGGGUCGUACCAUCACACAGCUUCGCCCAUAAGCUGCUUUCUCUAUAUAAGGAUUGUCCUGCAGAGAAAAGGGGACAAAGGCGUCCACAAAUCUGUCACUUCAUCAGGCAGUGGAUUAGCCAGUUCAGACUGAUGUUUGAGGUGGACCCUCUGUUAGAAAAAGCCAUGGGAGAUCUCUGGGCUCUGGUCAGUGCUGAGGGAACCGAUUCGCACCAUCAGCUCAUCAACACACCUUAUAUUAAUCCUCCAGUGAAUAUUUCCCAGACUCCCUCUCCCCUGGUCAAGAAACGGAAGGUUUCUCUGCUGUUUGACCACAUGGAGCCGGAUGAGAUGGCUGAACACCUCAGCUAUCUAGAGUUCAAAAACUUCUGCAACGUUUCAUUCCUGGAUUACCGCAGUUAUGUGGUUCAUGGCUCAGUCCGGGACAAUCCUGCUCUGGAGCGAUCAGUCAUGCUGUGCAAUGGAGUCUCACAGUGGGUGCAGCUCAUGAUCCUCAACAGACACACGUCACAGCAGAGGGCAGAGGUCUUCACCAAGUUCAUUCAUGUAGCACAGAAGUUGAGAUCUCUGCAGAAUUUCAAUACUCUGAUGGCGGUGAUUGGAGGUUUAUGCCACAGCUCUAUCUCUCGUCUCAAAGAUACUGCCAGCCUGCUGUCCUCUGAUGUCACAAAGACUCUCAGUGAGCUCACAGAACUGCUGUCCUCCUACAGCAACUACUCAAACUACAGGCGUGUGUACAGCGAAUGUGCAGGCUUCAAGGUUCCCAUCUUGGGUGUUCAUCUGAAAGACCUGAUCUCCCUCAAUGAAGCGCUGCCAGAUUACUUGGAGGAUGAUAAGAUCAACCUGGGCAAACUGCAGCAUUUAUACAGCAACAUCAGUGACCUGUUGGCCAUCCAUGACUGCACUCCACCGUUUGAGGCCAACAAAGACCUGCUGCACCUGCUAACGCUCUCGCUAGACUUGUAUUACACUGAGGAUGAGAUAUAUGAGCUUUCAUAUGCCAAGGAACCCAAGAACCCCAAAAUACAGCCCAUAGCUCCUGUUAAGCCCCCGGUGGUAGCAGAGUGGGGAUCUGGAGUGACUCCGCGUCUGGAUCCUGCCACCAUCUCAAAACACGUCAAGCAAAUGGUGGAUUCCAUCAUAAAGAACUAUGAUUUGAACAUGGACGGCUACAUUUCUCUGGAAGAAUUUGAGAAGAUUGCUGCCAAUUUCCCCUUCUCUUUCUGCACACAUGAGAGUGAUAGAGAAGGAGAGAUCAGUCGGGAGGAAAUCACUUCUUAUUUCAUGCGUGGGAUGUCAGUGUGUGCCAAACUCGGCUUCAACCUCCACAACCUUCACAACUUCCAUGAGACCACGUACAAGAGACCCACAUUCUGCGACACAUGCGGAGGAUUUUUAUGGGGAGUCAUAAAACAAGGCUAUCACUGCAAAGACUGCGGAGUGAACUGUCAUAAGCACUGUAAGGAUGUGGUGGGAAUGGAGUGUCUGAAGAGGCUUCAAGUCAACAGUAGCUCUUGUCCCUGCACACCAGGCCCAGUUUCAGGCCUUCACACUAAAGGCAACAGCUGGAGUGAGUUUUCUCAAUCCUUUCAAUCAGGUUCUGAAGAGGAAACGUUCGUCUUUCCAAAUGGAAAUGAAUCUGAACAUUCCAAGGGUCAAACUUCAUCAGACAGCGACGCAGAAGCGGCUACACUAUCUGACAGGUCCACUCAGACAGACCCGGGAGUUUGGACACCAGUGGCCAAACGGAAAGAUCGUCUUCAUUCCCAGAAACAGCAUCCACCUCUUGAAAAGAGCGCAACUCUUCCGGCAAGGGUGCGAGGUUCAUCUGCCCCUAGCUCUCUCCUACAGGAGAAAAUGGAUGAACUGAAGCUGAACAAAGAUAAACGAAAGGAACCAGACUGAAGUAGUUUUUGUGCAUGUGGCUGUCUGGUUGUGUGUGUGUGUGUGUGGGGGAACUGUUAAAUACACUGGACAGAACACACUGAAGAACGUGUCCUCGUCUUUCUCGCCAACUGUCUUCUUCUAUUGUCUUCAACAGAUUGUUCAUGACGUUCAUUAACUAUGAUGAAAUUCUACCCAGAAGGGAUUUUAUUUAAGGAAUUGCUGAUGAUCUGUGUUUGAAAGCCUAUUGGUGGAUCCGUACGUUAAGAGCUCACUAUGCACCAGCGUAAACUGCCAGCGAGGACCACAUCAAUGGACCUCCAGUACUCAAAGUUGGACUGCUACACCAUCCAUCUCACUACCGGUAGUCUUUAUACGAGACCACAUGGGUCUUAUGUCAGGAUGAGUGAGGUUUGAGCAGAGUAUGAAACUGUAUUGUCUUAAUGUCCACACUGGAAAACUUCAACUGUGAUCAACUGUAUUGAACUUGAAGAGUAAGAAUGUACCUCCUCUGUAAAGGGAUGCCAUUUCGGUGCUGAUAUAAUGCAUCCCAGAAUGCAUCACUGUGCCUUAUGUAAUGAACAAUUCAUCGAGUAGCACACAAAGGGUAUUGCGUCACUGUUUUAUGUCGGACAAUAGUCCCGUCUCGGUUCAAAAUGAUCACAAUCGGCUUCAUUAGUGCUCCGGCGUAUUAAAGUAUGAGCAUUAAUGAAAAGCGGCGGGAGAGUGACAUUAAGGGUCAUUUCUGAUGAACACUGGACCUAUUUUCAAUUGUUUUUCUAAUGUGUUUUCUGUUAUCUCUUUUGUCAUCUCCAACUUGAAUGUCAGUUUUACUAAAUCAUGAAUUUAGGUUAUAGAUUUUUAUUUAUUGAGGAAUGAUACAACUUAAGUAUUUUCCACGAUAAAGCACUCCUGGUGUGAUUAAAAUAUGAAUGUGAAAGAAAAA